AUUCGAGCUGUCCAUUUAUUGCGAAUCUUACAGUCCAGGAGAAAAGUAAUUUAAUCGAAGAAAAUAUGGCCUUCCGCAUACCUUUUGGCAAGAAACACGCUGAAAUCGCGUCGUCCUUCAUCCGAUCUGGAGCUGGAUUCGGUGGAGCUGCUGGACUGGCGGUGCUCUACUACACCGACUGGAAGGUGGUCCUGCAGUAUGUGCCCAUCUACGGAUCCAAGUUCGACAAGAGCGAGUAAUUUCGACUUGGUCAAUUGUAGACCACAUUAGCUUCGAUGUUUUGCUUGGUGGAAUAAAUUAAGUUCAAACUA